CAGGUCCGGUCUGAGCGUUGCUUCCAGGGCGGAGCGCGCCCGGAUCGCCGGCAGGUGCGGUCUGUGGUUCACCGGUGGGCGCCCGGGCUGGUGGGGCGGGGACCGCCUCUCAGGCCCUUUCCCCGGCGGCCUCCGGGGCCUCGCAGAACCUCCUGGAAGAGAAGCAUCUAUUAGACAAAGUUGCUAACCCUUGUUGAGGGCCGGGCGUUCACCCUCCAAGACGUUUAAUCUGCAUCUCAGUGGUGAGGGAGAGAUUGGCGUCCUGUUCACAGAGGAGGAAACAGGCCCCCAAAGGUAACCAUUGUGCGGUUCAUGUCAGCAAUGAAAUCGUCUGAAAGCUAAGAGCAGAAGCCUUUUUGGUCAACAUGGAGGACAAGAGACGGCGAGCCCGCGUGCAGGGAGCCUGGGCCGGCUCAGCCAAGAGCCAGGCCGUUGCUCAGCCAGCUACCACUGCUAAGAGCCAUCUCCACCAGAGCCCUGGUCAGACCUGGACGAACAAGGAGCAUCAUUUGUCAGACAAACAGUUUGUAUUCAAAGAACCCCAGCAGGUGGUGCGCACAGCCCCAGAGCCGCGAGUGAUCGACAAAGAGGGUGUAUAUGAAAUUAGCCAGUCACCCACAGGCAUAUCUCGGGUGUGUUUGUAUCCUGGCUUUGUUGACUUAAGAGAAGCCGACUGGGUAUUGGAGCAGCUUUGUCGGGACGUUCCCUGGAAACAGAGGACCGGCAUCAGAGAGGAUGUAACUUACCAGCAACCAAGACUCACAGCAUGGUAUGGAGAACUUCCUUACACUUACUCCAGAAUCACUAUGGAACCAAAUCCUCACUGGCACCCUGUGCUGCGCACACUUAAGAACCAAAUUGAGGAGAACACGGGCCACACCUUCAACUCCUUGCUCUGCAACCUUUACCGCAAUGAGAAGGACAGUGUGGACUGGCACAGCGAUGAUGAACCCUCACUAGGGAGGUGCCCGGUCAUUGCUUCUCUCAGUUUUGGUGCCACGCGCACUUUUGAGAUGAGAAAGAAGCCCCCGCCAAAGCACCCCUGCAAUAAUGAGCGUAAACACGGUAUUGCAGCGAAAUCAGUCCUGCACUAACCCAGAGGUAGUCCUGUGCACCAGUGAAGCAGAGGAAUGGGUGGAUCAGCUCAGGAAACAGAUGAAGAAAUCAGGAAGUGCGGGUCAGUCCCAGUCUCAACUCUGCGAGCAGGGAAGUUGUGCAAUGCACCCCAUCAGCUGUGCGGGAGGAGCAACACCACCUGUCGGCUGCUUCGCAGACUGUGUCAUGGAGCUUCAUUGCGAUACCGGCCAUGGCUGCACUUUCUGGAAGACAGGGCAGUGUAAAAUGCCAGGCGUCUGUGUCCCGAGUGUUCAGGAAUCGUGGCCCACUUUCCAAGGCUUAAACAGCAAGUCUCAGUUUGCUAUGCUUUCUGGUCGAGCCAGAGCUCAUUUCUCUGAGAAAAUGUCACUGUUGACUGUUCUGGGAAGAAACAGGAAUAUGUCGCCAGAACACCGAAGGACUAGUUUUAACAUAGGUACUGAUUAGUGAAUUGGCAUAAAUUGUGGACGAUGAUCAGAACUCAUCAUACCAUGUCUUGCUUAGAAACCCAUCCUCCCAUGCUAUGUUAAACAGCGCACAGCCUAAAGCAGGCGUAAAGAGUUCUUGGAUAGAUGAAUUGUAAUUCCUUCAUGGGCCAAAAUGGGCUCUUCUGCGUUUUGGAUGCUGAUAAUAAUAACAAUAGCUAGCACUUACGAUGACUCACUUUGUGCUGGUCUCCAGGUGAUUGCCACGCACUGCAUCACUGGAGGCUCCCGAUGGCCCUGUGACUAGUGUGGCAGGUGCUGUCAUCACCCCCACAGUACAGAGAGGGGAAAUGCCUGGCCGAAGGCCAAGCUGCUGCCAAGUGACAGCCAUUCACUGUCCCCUGCAGUCUGACUGGGGAGGCGCCCAUUUCUUUGACCAGAGUUGUGUUCCGUUGCAUCUUGAUCACAUGAGCACAAA